GCGUCUUCACAGCUUUGUCAGAGGAAUUACGAAUAAAAUAACAGACUCUUAAUUGGUCAAUUAUUUUAUGAGAAAUGAUUUUGACCAUUGACAAGUCGAGUUAUUGAAGUUUCCAAUUAGUAAAACUAUUGCGACAAAGCUGUAAAUGUUUAAAAGCUUUUUCGACUGGCUGAUUUAGACAAGUGAAAUUUUUAAACCCACCUUGAUGCUCCGUUUGUUGAAGUAAUACACAUGUUCGGUUAUUCGUUAAAGUUCCUUUUAUAACGAGAUUGCGAAAUAGUUGGAAAUUCGUGUGACAGGAUCCAGUGACGUAAUAAGUCAAAUUGCGCAGAUCAUUAUGGUUCCAUUUCUUCUUAUUUGACCGGUGCAUUGUUAUGUAUGCACUCGACGCAUUCGUGCCGAAUAAGAAUGCAGGCAAUGUUAGGUUACUUCGAGUGAUCGUAUCUUGUAGGAAUAUUUAAAUUGGAAUAUUAUAAGUUCGGAGUUAAAAUAUGAUGACGGGCAAUUUAAUGUUUAUAAAAUCACUGAAUCGGAGUGAAUGUGAACAUAUGACAAGUGCAAGUAGAACCUAGUUGUUUGUGAAGUUACCGAAUGUUUGGUUGAGAAAUUAUAUCUGUUAUUAAACAUUAAAAACGCCACGAGAAAGAAUUUGGAAUGGAUUAUGCAGCGACUGUCGAAGAUGCUGUCAAGAAGUUUUACUCUACAGGAUCUCACGAAGCUCACUCCUGGCUUCUACAGGUACAAGCAUCAAGAGAAGCUUGGACUUUCGUCUGGGAAUUAUUAGAGUCUUCUAAGAGCUGUGAAGCACAGUUCUUCGGAGCCACAACGUUACAUUCUAAGAUAUCAAAGCAAUGGAAUGAAAUUCCAACGAGUGAAUACUCGGCUCUGAGACAACGGCUUCUAAACUGCUUGAAACAACCACACACACCAAAACUUGUCCUUUCAAGACUUUGUCAAGCGUCUCCUUUUCAGUUAGCAGCGUUUCUUGCAAAUAGUCAUGCAGUGGUGGACGAAGAUGAGGAUAAAAACUUAGUCGAUGAGCUAGCUGAAAUUUUACCAUAUGACAGUCCUUUUACAUUGGAUUUACUGUUACGUGUUCUUUCAACUCUUCCGGGAGAGUUUCAAAGAAGACAAGGAGCCAGAAGAAUAAAGCUACGAGAUGGGUUAAUGGGCAGUUGGAGCAAGAUCACCUGCCUUCUUCAACAGGUUUUCUCGUCAUGCGACCAGUCGUUCUCCGCUGAUAGCAGCAAUACACUGUACAUCUUAGCAUUGGAAUGCGCUAUGGCCUGGCUGAAAAUGGGUCAGUUACCUCUAGAAACGACUGGACGCAUCUAUCCACAGUUAUUAACCGCUGCAUCUCGUUUUGUACCUAGCAGAGAAGAGCCAGACGAAGAUAGUAUCAGAACCUGGGAAGUUGUACAAGAAUGCGUAAUAGCAAUGGUGACCCAUACAGAGCUUCACAAAAGGCCUCAACUUUUUUGGGAGUGGUCCCGGGGACUAGUGUUCACAGCGCACGAAACCUCAGGAGGAUACUUUGCGGAAAUCCUGACAGCAUUGGGAGACGUCCACAGUCGUGCUUUCCUACUAGCUCUAACAAAGGAUGCCGACGAAGGACAAAGGUGGACAUCAGAGCGAUUUAUCGAACUUCUCUUGGAGUGUUCUGAACAAGAAGGACGAUAUCCCAUAGACGAAAAAACUAGUUGCAUUCCGUUUGGAUUCUGGUACGCGUUACAAGAUGACCUCGGGACCUUGGAUUAUCCUCAGGAUAUCCAAGCGUCUCACGCGCUGAAGCCAAUCUACGCCCGGUUGGCACAGGCUUUACUCCGCAAAGCAUCAUUACCUCCAUCUCCUAGUGAAGCCGGCGAUGCCGAUGAUCGUGAACUACUUCGAUGCUAUAGACAAGACGCCGCUGAUACCCUAGCGUACUGCUACAACGUACUGGGAAGCGAUUUACUGGUGUUACUCGGACAGCGGUUGAGUCAACCUCAUAAUGAGUUACAAAAAUGGACUGACGUAGAGUCUACCUUACACGCCUUCAAAGCACUGGCUGACAAUGUCUCGACGGAGGAGACUCAAUACGUGGCCGCUCUGAUGAAUUUAAUCUUAUCACAUAUUCCUUACAGUCAGUAUCCGGAUGAGGUAUUAGCAGGUGCCUGUUCUGCACUAGGUGCUUAUGCAGAAUGGUUUGGAGAUCAUCCUGAACCCUGGCUAGCAGGUGCUCUACGUCUAUUAGCAUUAGGCUUACAACAUGGCUCAAUUACAGCACUUCCAGCCAGUAUGGCACUGAAAGAUAUAGCUGGAGAAUGCGGUCCUCAUAUGUCACCUUUUGUUCCGUCUAUGCUGGAUAUAAUUGAACAAGCUCUGCAUACGGUUUCACCUGGUGGCGGGGAAGGUUUGCGAUUGAUGUAUGCAGCGGGUAAAUUGCUGAACUCUUUGGAAUCGACUGAACUCCAAUUGUGCCACUUAGACGCCACUCUGGGUCCUUGUAUCAUGAAGCUUCACGAACUCUUACAACAACCUGUAUCUUAUGCUCGUGUAGCAGUUGUCAAUCAGCUCAAAAUGACUACGAUGCUCUUCUCGACCCUGGAGGGUUCUGUGGGUAAAGUGGUCCUGGAAGGGCUGUUACCAUUGUUUACUAAAAUCGUGUCACAUCCAGAAUGGAGUAGAGAUGACGCAACGCUAGAAGCAAUGCACGUUUGUACACAACGUUCACUGUCAUCCCUUUCACAUCCGGAAAUCGAUGCAAGACCAUUACUUCCAAUCCUAGUAACUUCUUACAAGACUCAGCCACAUCCUGCCGCCCUGAAUCUCCUGCGACAGCUAGUAUUACUCUUCGGCAAAGACACAGAUAAUAUCGUUAAACCAAUAUUCGAAGAAUUAAGUGGACUCACUCUGAACGGCGUGUCAGCUUGUAGAUCAGUCGGUGGUAAUCUCUCAGACUUGUCUGAUCUCCUAGAAGCCUACAUGAGUCUACUUGCUCAAAUCUGUAAGAAGAAUUCCAGGAUGUUACUACAGAUACCAGAUCAAAUAUCUGAGAUGCUACGCUGUGGCAUGGCCUGUCUUCUUCUACCUGAAGCAGGAACUACCAAGGCAGCUGGAAGUUUCCUUAGUCAUGCAAUCAUGCAGAAUCCACAUCUUCAGACUUUUAUACACCCAAUAGGUCAGGAGCUAAUCUGUGUGAUUUUACGGUGUGUAGGAGGAGAAGUUUCUAGCAGUAAUUUAGAACCUCACGCCCAGGUCUUAUGGGCGUUAAACAAAACAUGCGUGGAGUGGACUGCCCAAUGGCUUCGUCUUGCUCUUGCCGACAGAAGCGCGCCGAUGGUCGCCGAAGCGCAGAAGGAAAUAUUCGCCAGGAACGUUCUGCGCGAGAGAACGAACAAACUACGUAUCUACGAGUUAUUUAAGGACUUCAAUCUCAUCUGUCGUCAGCACGUGAUAGGGCUGUGACCUUGAGAGAUUGUAUGCAAUGAAGAUGAAGCUCUACAAUAAUGUGAAAUGUUAAAGUACGGUUAAUUAAUUAUUAAUAAAUAUUGUAUUAAAUAUGAA